CAGAGUAGACGGAAGAGAGGAGAGAAAGAGAAGAGAAGAAGAAGAGGAACAUAGAAACAGAGUGCUACAGUCUGCUUUAUAGCCAGCACCACACACACACACACAUAUAUCCACACACUUCUAGAACGUAACCUCACCCAUCCAGCUGGACUUUCUUUCUCCAAGUUGACUCCAGCCCUCAAGCCAUCUGGAGCUCUAUCUGUGACAACCUGUCCACCACCACGCACCACCACUCUCACUCUGCCUCAUCCAGCUCAACCUCGUUCCCUCUUUCCCUCGUUCUUCACGGGGGGGAUGGCACGGGCCUCUUUCGGGGGUGCCCUCGGCUGUGCCCUGCUGGCCCUGGUGUUGGCGGCCGGUAUGGAUUUGGGGAGUCCCCCUGUGGCAGGCUUCUACCCCCACUUCAACCCUUUCUUCUUCCUGUGUACCCACCAUGGGGAGUUGGAGGGGUCCGGGGUGGCAGAGGGAGGGGGAGAGGUGCUCCUCACCCUACAGAUCGCUGGGGACCCCACCCACUACACUCCGGGACAGGAGUAUCAAGUGACUGUCUCCACCAGUACUUAUUUCGAUGGUCUGCUGGUGACUGGGCUCUACACAUCCACUCCUGUUCAGUCUGCUCCUAUCCCUGCUCCUGCUGCAUUCGGAUUCGGUGUUAUACCAGAGCAGCAUCAGUUUGGGACUCAGUUUGUCUGUAGUGUUGUGACGUCUCACGUCAGCCACCAGCCCUUGACGAGUCUCAGCUUCGUAUGGAUUGCUCCUCCUCCAGGAACCGGCUGUGUCAACUUCCUGGCUACUGCUACACAUCGAGGACAGAUCAUCUUCAAGGAUGCACUCGCCCAGCAGCUGUGUGAGCAGGGAGCUCCCACUGAAUCCCCGUUGAGACCCAGUCUUGCUGAGAUCCAUGGUAACCAUGCUGUGCUACGUGAUGACUUCGACUCCAACCUUCAGGGAGAACUGGACCCCAGCAUCUGGUCAGAGAGCAGUAACUGUGAGGUGGGAGAGCAGUGUGGGGUUCUGAUGCACGGCAGAGCAGUCACCUUCUGUGAACCCUUCGGAGAGAGAGAGCUGAUCAGCGUUCCUCUCAACACCAGCACAGCCUCCGUCCUGCAGUUUGCUCUCGGUUCAGGCUCCUGUCGGUUCAGUUACUCUGACCCCAGCAUCAUCGUGUCCUUCAGUCUAAACAAGAAUAACGGCUCAGAUGACUGGAUCACCCUGGAGAAGAUCCGAGCUCCUACUAACAGCAGUACGGUAGUCCAUCUCCUACCCCUGCCGGUGCGCUCCAAGAGGGAUGGGGUGCGUGUACGGUGGUCCCAGGAGGCCCCCCGGGGGCCCGAGGGCUAUGAGUCGUGCUGGGGCCUGGAUAACAUACUGCUGGUCAACGCUGCUCACAGACCCCCCCUGAUGGAGGAUAACCUGGACCCCCCCGACACAGCCAACUGGCUCUUCUUCCCUGGAGCCACCGUUAAGCAUGCCUGUCAGUCAGAGGGCAACGCCCUGUAUUUCCAUGGCAACAACGAGGAGGGUGUGGGCCACUCCUUCGCCUCCACCCGAGACAUCGACCUCCACCGAGAGGAGGGGCGGAGCUACUGGGAGGAGGACUUUGAAAGCACGCCCACCAACUGGGACAUCGAGGGAGCAGUGUAUGGGACCCAGUGUGGAGAGAUAGAGUCGGGCCUGGCCCUGGUGUUUGAGAGGGGUGGAGAGAGGAAGAUGUGUACUCCUUACCUGGACACCACCUCCUCUGGAAACAUCCGCUUCUACUUCACCAUGGGUGGAGGAGAGUGUGACCCAGGAGAGUCCCAUGAGAAUGAUGUCAUCUUGUUUGGGAGGUCAGAGGGGAGGAGAGACCACGUGCUGUUAGACACCCUGCCAUACUCCUCCUACAAGAGUCCAUCUGUAGUAUCAGUAGCCCUUCCUCCAGACCUCCAGACCCCUGUCACCCAGUUCUGUCUGGAGCAGCGGGCACACGGUGGUGCCAACCGUCAUGUCUGGGCCGUAGACUUCAUGCAUCUGCUGCCCGUUCUGCCUGCCACACACACCCACGUGGCCCAGUUCUCCAUCAACCUGGGCUGUGGAUCCUACCAGCCUGCCAACAGUGUCAAUCUGGAGUUUUCCACCAAUCACGGUCGUUCCUGGUCCCUGCUCCACACAGAGUGUCUCCCAGACUUGUGUGCUGGACCUCACCUACCACAUAGCACCGUCUACUCCUCUGAUAACUACAGCGGCUGGACGAGGAUCUCCAUCCCCUUACCCAACGCUGCCCUGACUGAGAACACCCAGUUCCGUUGGAGACAGGGUGGCAUGGGAGCUGGCAACAUGUGGGCCAUAGACAAUGUGUAUAUCGGUCCAUCCUGCCUUCGUUUCUGUUCUGGAAGAGGACAAUGCUCCCGUACCGGCUGCAAGUGUGACCCAGGGUUUAGUGGUCCAUCCUGUGAGCUGGCCUCCCAGACCUUCCCUGCCUUCCUGUCAGAGGGCUUCUCCAGUCCCAGACUCUCCUCCUAUCACAGCUUCUCCUCUCUGAGGGGAGCGGAGGUUAGUUUUGGCUGCGGGGUUCUGGCCAGCGGUAAGGCUUUGGUCUUCAACAGGGACAGCAGACGACACCUGGUGACCGCACCGCUUGACAGCUCACAGGCCAGGUACCUCCAGUUCACUCUACGUCUUGGCAGUCGUAGCAUCCUUAGUUCCUGUCCUGCCCCUGACCAAUCAGGAGAGGGAGUCCUGCUGCAUUACUCUUCAGACAACAGCAUCACCUGGACCCUUCUGCAACACUACGCUUACCAGGGCUUCCACGAACCCAGGAUCGUAUCAGUGGAGCUCCCUCCCGGUGCCCGUAAGUUCGGGGUGCAGUUCCGUUGGUGGCAGCCGUACCACUCUGGGCGUGGCCAUGAUGUGUGGGCAGUGGAUGACAUCACUAUGACCUCCGUACUGUUCAACACCAUCAGUCUGGACUUCAGUAAUGUACUGGACGUCACUCAGAGUCUAGGCUUCUACCUUGGACACGUCCAGCCCUACUGCCGACACGACUGGACACUCAGUUUCUCAGGCGAGCCCAGCCCCGGGUCCAGUAUCCGUUAUGUGGAGACACAGUCCAUGCAGAUCGGAGCGUCCUACACCCUGCAGUUUUCAUUGGUCAUGGGCUGCGGCCGAGACCCCUCCCCCAACAUCGACACACAGGUCCGCCUGGAGUUCUCCACCAAUCACGGCCUGACCUGGCACCUCGUCAAAGAGGCCUGUCUGCCAGGGAUGCCCAGCUGUUCUGAGUUCACUGCCCCAAGUGUAUAUCAUCCUUCUGAGUUCACUGACUGGAGACGUAUUACCUUACCGCUACCACACAGAGCAUGGUCCAGUGCGACUCGGUUCCGUUGGAUCCAGAACUACUAUGGAGAGCAGGACGAAUGGGCUCUGGAUGAUAUCUACAUCGGACAGCAGUGCCCUCAGAUGUGCCACGGACACGGAUGGUGCGACCACGGACACUGCAGGUGUGAUGAAGGUUUCUCGGGUCCAGACUGCCUGUCCUCCUCUCCUCUCUCCUCCAGCGUCCUGUCAGACUUUGAGUCCCAGGACGGUCUGCUGGCCACGUGGCAGGAGGUGAUUGGUGGAGAGGUGGUGACCCCUGAUGUGGGCUGUGGGGUGGUCUCCUCCGGAUCCUCGCUCUACUUCAGCAAGGCUGGACUGAGGCAGUUGGUGAGCUAUGACCUGGACACAGAGUGGGCGGAGUUUGUCCAGUUUUACCUCCGUGUGGGCGGAGACUGGGCGGAGUGUAACACAGCAGACAGCAGGGAGGAAGGAGUCCUUCUACAGUACAGUAACAAUGGAGGAAUCAGCUGGGGACUCAUCGCUGAGAUGUACUUCAGCGACUUCAUCAAGCCACGGUUUGUCCACUAUGAGCUGCCACUGGCCUCUAAGACCUGGUGUACCAGGUUCAGAUGGUGGCAGCCCCUCCACUCUGGUGACGGCUACGACCAGUGGGCCAUCGAUGAUGUCAUCAUACUUUCUGAGAGACAGAAGCACAUCAUCCCCAUGGCCAACCCCACGCUGCCACAGAACUUCUAUGAGAAGCCGGCGUUUGACUACCCUCUGAACCAGAUGAGUGUGUGGCUGAUGCUGGGAAACGAGGGCAUGGAGAAGGAGAGGAACGGCAGCUUCUGUGCCACCACGCCCUCCGCCAUGGUGUUCGGGCGCUCUGACGGCGACAGGGUGGCAGUGACCAGAGAUCUGGCUCUACGCCCAGGGUACACCCUGCAGUUUAAGUUGAACAUCGGCUGUGAGUCCCAGUUCAGUGCGUCAGCUCCAGUCCUGCUGCAGUACUCCCAUGAUGCCGGCCGUACCUGGGCACUGGUGAAGGAGGGCUGCUACCCAGCAUCCUCAGGGGCAGGCGGCUGCGAGGGCAGUGGGCGGGAACUCAGGGAACCAACCGUCUACGCCACGGGAGACUUUGAACGCUGGACCAGGGUCACCGUGGUGAUACGGCGCAACGUGGCCGCCAGUAAAACGAGGUUCCGGUGGUUCCAGGAGAGUAGUGUGUACCGGGACGCUCCAGCCUUCGCCCUAGACGGAGUCUACAUCUCUGAGCCCUGUCCCAACCACUGUGGAGGACACGGAGACUGCAUCUCUGGAGUAUGCUUCUGUGAUAUGGGCUAUACAGUGGAACAGGACAGCUGUGUGCCAGCAGUGGCCAGUCCCACAGAGCUGGUGGAGGGCUUUGAGAGCAAGCUGAGCCCGCUGUGGCAGAGCCUGAGUGGGGGUCAGGUUGGAGGCGGCUGUGGUACCAUCAGCGAGGGCAAAGCCCUGUACUUCAGCAGCUCUGGGAAAAGACAGGCACUGACUGUCACCCUGGAUACGACCAACACACGGCUGGUGCAGUUCUAUAUCCGAAUCGGAGGGAAGAACGUUGGACCCACCUGCACUAGACCUCGCUCCCGUAACGAAGGAGUGGUUGUCCAGUUCUCAACCAACAACGGGGUACAGUGGCAGUUCUUGAGAGAGCUGGAUUUUGGCUCCUUCCUGGAACCCCAGGUGGUGACCAUUGAACUGCCUCCAGCCGCCAAGACCCCCUACACAGUGUUCCGCUGGUGGCAGCCACAGCAAGGUAAACAUUCAGCCCAGUGGGCUUUGGAUGACGUCCUGAUCGGUAUGAACGACAGUUCCAGGACUGGUUUCCAUGACAAGUUCGCCGGGACGUCCCCUCUGAGACACAACUGGUACCGUGUCCAGGGGGGAGAGGUCACAGUGGACUGUUUGUCUCUGGACACGGCUCUGUCCUUCUACUCCGAUGCCACAGACAAGAAGCCACGGUACGCAGAGAGCUGGGACUUUGAGGUGUCUGGCUCUUCCUUCCUGCAGUUUGACCUGUCUAUGGGUUGCAGUAAGACAGUCACGUCCUCUCAUGGUGUCAGGCUGGAGUAUUCCACAGACUGCGGGCGCCACUGGGCCCUGCUCACCCCAGAGUGUGUGCCCCCUGCCAUCGGUUGUACCGGCUACACUAUGAACUCUGUGUACACCGCUACGCGGUACACCCGUUGGAGGAGGGUUACGGUGUAUCUGCCCAGCGCUGCCAAUUCUCCCAGGACACGGUUCAGGUGGAUCCAGCCUCACUUCAUCCCCGGAGCUGAUGGCUGGGCCUUGGACAAUGUGCUGCUGGCCCCUGGCUGUCCCUGGAUGUGCUCUGGACACGGACUCUGUGACAACGGACGCUGUGUGUGUGACCAUGGUUACGGCGGGGCCCACUGCGUGCCCCUGGCCCCCCUCCCCUCCAUCCUGAGAGAAGACUUCAACGAGAACCUGGCGGCGGAGCAGUGGCCCGAGGUGUACGGGGCUGAGAGGGGGACGCUGAGCGGGGAGCCCCUCAAAUCUGGCACCGCACUCAUCUUCAAAGGGGAAGGUCUACGUAUGUUGGUGUCUAGGGACCUGGACUGUACCAGCACACUUUACAUCCAGUUCUCCUUCAAGUUCAUCACUAAGGGUGUCCCAGAACGGUCCCACUCGGUGCUGCUGCAGUACUCAGUGAACGGAGGAAUCAGCUGGUUGCUGUUAGAUGAGUUCUACUUCCCCACCUCAACCGACACGCUGUUCCUACACCUCCCUCUGCCUGCCAGGACCCAGACCAACGCUACCCGCUUCAGGCUCUGGCAGCCCUACAACAGUGGUAAGAAAGAGGAGGUGUGGGUGAUUGAUGACCUGAUCAUCGAUGGCAGCUCGCUCAACAACCCUCCCGUAGUCUCAGACAACUUCGAGGGCGGACCCCAAAACUACAACUGGCUCUUCUACCCAGGAGGCAACACUGGACUCUACUGCCCUUACCAGAAGAGUGGCCUGGAGAAGGAUGAGUCGGCCAUGGUGUUUUUAUCCAGUGAGCUGGGAGAACAUUCAAUAACCACGAGAGACAUCGACGUCAACGAGAACACCAUCAUCCAGUUUGAGAUCAACGUGGGCUGCACGGCAGACAGCUCCGCCUCUAACCCGGUACGACUGGAAUUCUCCAGGGACUUUGGAUCCACCUGGUACCUCCUGGUGCCCUUGUGUUCAGGAGGCCCCCAGCCCUCUUCCCUGUGCUCCACAGAGCUGCACCCUGCCAGUGUCUACUACCCGGGAACCACCCAGGGCUGGAGACGUGAGGUCAUCCACUUUGGCAAGCUGAGACUCUGCGGCUCCAUCCGGUUCCGUUGGUACCAGGGCUUCUUCUCCAGCAGUUCCUCCCCUCCUACCUGGGCCCUGGACAGUGUGUACAUUGGCCCCCAGUGCCAGGACAUGUGUAACGGACACGGGACGUGUGUGAAGGGGACACACUGUGUCUGUGACCCAGGCUACUCUGGCGCAGACUGCUCCCAACCUGACACACUCAACCCUGAUUUUCUCAAGGAAGACUUUGAAGGAGGGGCGAUGGAUGCAGAGCGGUUUAGGCUUCUGAGUGGAGGGAAGCCUAGCAGGAAAUGUGGCAUCAUGUCCAGUGGGAACCACCUGUUCUUCAGCGAGGAUGGCCUGCGUAUGCUGGUCACUAACGACAUGGACCUAUCCAAUGCCAGGUUUGUUCAGUUCUUCCUGCGUCUGGGCUGUGGGAAGGUGUCCCCAGACCCCCGUUCCCAGCCCGUCCUGCUCCAGUUCUCUGUAGACGGAGGUCUGACCUGGGGCCUGCUGCAGGACUUCCUCUUCUCAAACAGCAGUAACCAGGCUCGCCUGGUGGCCCUGGAGAUCCCUCUGCGUGCCCGUACCUCCUCCACACGUCUCCGCUGGUGGCAGCCCUCUGAGAACGGACACUUCUACAGUCCGUGGGUCAUUGAUCAGCUGGUGGUGGGUGGCAGUGCCAGUGGCUGGGGACCUCUGGAGGACGACUUCUCCUCUAUGGACGGUCGUUCCUGGCUGCUCCACCCCGGGGGAACCCGUAUGCCCGUGUGUGGUUCUGACGGGGCGGCCUUCGCCUUUAUAGAGAAGUCCAACACGCGCUACGCUGUCACCACAGACAUCAGCCUGGGUCAUGAUGCGUUCAUACAGUUUGACUUCUCAGCUUCCUGCUCGGUCACCAACUCCUGCUACGCCAUUGAACUAGAGUAUUCUCUGGACCUGGGUCUGAGCUGGCAGCCUCUGGUGAGAGACUGUCUCCCCACCAGCCCAGACUGCUCCUCCUACACCUUACAGAGACUGCUGGUAGCAGACACCUACAACAAGUGGGGCCGAGUCACUCUGCCAAUCCCCACCUAUGCCAGGUCUCCAGCCACUCGCUUCCGUUGGUUCCAACAGGCUCCGUUUGACAAGCAGCAGACCUGGGCUCUGGACAACCUCUACAUCGGAGACGGCUGCCCUGACAUGUGCUCCGGACACGGACGCUGCCAGCAGAGCUCCUGUGUGUGUGAUCCAGAGUGGGGAGGGGAGUACUGUGAUGAGCCUGUGGCCCCUCUGCCCUCCCAGCUAAAGGACAGCUUCAGCCGAGCCCCCUCUCUCAGCCACUGGCACCUGUUGACUGGAGCAAAACUCAGUACUGUGUGUGGGGCCGUGGCAUCUGGUGCUGCACUGCACUUCAGUGGGAGUUGUAGUCGUCAGCUGGUGACAGUGGAUCUGAACCUGACCAACGCAGAGUUCAUCCAAUUCUACUUCAUGUACGGCUGCAUGAUCCCGCCUAGCAACCGUAACCAGGGCGUGCUGCUGGAGUUCAGCCUGAACGGAGGCAUCAACUGGAAUCUGCUGACAGAGAUCUUCUAUGACCUGUACAGCAAGCCUGGAUUUGUCAACGUGCUGCUACCCCCAGCAGCACGUCAGGAAGGGGUGCGUGUUCGCUGGUGGCAGCCGACACACGAAGGAGCGGACCACGGCGACUGGGCGCUGGACAACGUUCUGAUUGCCGGCUCUGACCCGCGGGCUCAGAUAACUGACACAUUCGGAGGGGUGGCGCUGCCCAACCACGAGAGAGCUCCCUCAGAUGGUACCCCCACAGGCAGGAUAGGACUCCUCAGUGAGGGAGAGGAGGAGAGCACCUCAGUGAGUGACCAUUGGCUGUUCAGUGAGGACUGUGCGGUACAGAGAUUCUGUAGUUCUCCAGACGGUGUGAUGGUGUGCGGUAGUGACGACGGGAGAGAGGUGUACGCUGUCACACAUGACAUCAUACCUGACAAAGACUGGGUCAUGCAGUUCAAGAUAGCAGUGGGCUGCGGUGUUCCAGAGCGCCAGGCAGAGCGCCAGGUACACGUUCAGUACUCUGUGGACUUCGGUGUGUCCUGGAGAUACCUGGUGCUCCAGUGUCUCCCUGCGGACCCUCGCUGUGGAGGACAGGUCUCCCAGCCCAGGUUCUUCCCUGCCCGGGGCUGGAAGAGGGCCGUUUACCCCCUACCGGACAGCCUGACAGACACCGCGGUCCGUUUCCGGUUUUACCAGCAGCACUCGGACACCCAGUGGGCUGUGGAGAACUUCUACAUCGGGCCGGCCUGUGACGGCCACUGUGGGGGACAUGGAGACUGUCUAGACCAGAGAUGUCUCUGUGACCCUGGUUUCACUGGACCCAACUGCUACGCCAGCACUUCUCUCAAGGCGUCUCUGAAGGAGCGAUUUGACUGGGAGGGGGCCCCAGGUCCUCAGUGGCAGGUCCUGGAGGGGGGCCAUCCCUGUACUGACUGUGGGGUGCUGGUGGAGGGGACAGCCCUGUACUUUGGAGGGUCAGAUGCCAGACAGGCCGUCACCACUGACCUGGACCUACGUGGAGCCAAGUUUGUAGAAUACUGGGCCAGGAUUGGCAGUGAAGACAACAUGACCAUGUGCCAUCGCCCAACCUGUCGUAAAGAGGGAGUGCUGCUGGACUACUCCACAGAUGGAGGUGUGUCCUGGACCCUGCUCCAUGAGAUGGACUAUCUGAAGUAUGUGUCUGUGAGGCGUGAUUACAUUGUAAUACCAGAGGAGGCGUUAUCUAAUGCUACACGGUUGCGGUGGUGGCAGCCCUUCCACGUCUCCUCUGGUCUGGCGACAUCCGGGCCGGAGCGAGCUCAGUGGGCCGUCGACAACAUCCUGGUGGGAGGGUCCGACAUCAACCCCUCCACCCUGCUCGACAACUUCGAUGAAGAGGGUGUGUCCCAUGAGGAGAGCUGGAGCUUCUAUCCCAACGCGGUGCGUACAGCAGGCUUCUGUGGGAACCCCUCUUUCCACCUCUACUGGCCCAACAAGAAACAGGACGAAACGCACAACAUUCUGGCCACCCGCGAGCUCAUCGUACAGCCUGGGUACAUCCUACAGUUUAAGAUUGUGGUCGGUUGUGAGGCAGACAGCUGUGAAGACCACCAUUCUGUCCUGCUGCAGUACAGGAAGGAUGCCAGGUCUGACUCAUGGCAGCUGGUUCAGUCAGAGUGUAUUCCCUCCUCUGUGAACAACGUGGGCUGUUCUCCCUUCAUUUUCCACGAGUCCACCAUCUACAGUCCAGUCAAUAGCUCCAGCUGGACCAGGGUCACUGUUCAGCUGCCUGACCACGUCUCCUCAGGAGCCACGCAGUUCCGUUGGAUCCAGAAGGAGGGUGCUGGCGAGCGGCAUGGCUGGGGGGUUGACCAGGUCUACAUUGGGGAGGCAUGUCCAGGGAUGUGUAGUGGUCAUGGUUACUGCACAAGCGGGGUGGUCUGCAUCUGUGACGAGGGACACCGUGGUGAUGACUGCUCCCUGUCCAGCAGUGACCUGCCUAGCUCAAUAAAGGAUAACUUUGAGUCAGGCAGCGUGUCAGAGGAGAGCUGGCAACUCAUCCAAGGGGGCGGAGUGGGAAGUGGGUGUGGCCAGCUCUCUCCCCACGCCCACGGAGACUCGCUCUACUUCAACGGCUGUAAGAUGAGGCAGGCGAUCACCAAGCCUCUGGACCUGACACGAGCCAGUAAGAUCAUGUUUGUGAUGCAGAUAGGCAGUGUGUCCCAGACAGACAGUUGUAACACAGCCCUGGACCAGGAAAACACAGUGGACAGGGCAGUCCUGCUGCAGUACACGGUCAAUAACGGAGUCAGCUGGCACGUUAUCGCCCAGCACCAGCCCAAAGACUUCAUCAAGGCCCAGAGGGUUUCCUACAACAUCCCACUAGAGGCGAGGGCUAAAGGGGUGGCGCUGCGGUGGUGGCAGCCACGUCACGACGGAGCGGGACAUGACCAGUGGGCGCUGGACCACGUGGAAGUAGUGCUGCGGCCGGGGUUCCUUCCCCCCCAGAUCUUUCUGCGAGCCAGCAGCAUCCCCAUCCUCCCCUCUCGCGCUCUAACCUCUGCUCUCUUCUGUAUUCUGCUCCCUGUGGCAUGGCUGUAGAGUCAGCACCCGUAAACAAAACUACAUGAUGAACUUUGCCAGACAGACCGGCCUACGUCACUACUACAGCCGAAAGAGGCGGGCACUGCAGCAUGCCUAACCAAUGGAUUUUCCCUACGACCUGCCAAUCACACAUAUGACCGACCGACCAACCAACCAACCACAUUCCUUUCUCCUGAUGCCAUAUCACCCUGUCAAGUCCUGCCCUCCAGCCAAUGGAUUCCAGUCAGCCUUAGACCACCCCCCACCCCACCCAACCCCCACUCUGCCAGAAAACGUGGACCAUCCCAUCAGUUUACGCUGCAACCAAUCAGAAGCCUUCCCCAACCCCCAUUGUGACUGGAAGGAAGGAGACGUGAAGGAGCAACAAAGGCGGACAUUUUGUUUACUUUUAAUGGACUUCCGGGUUUCUAGUUGUUUUCUAAUCGUUGCCGUAGGUGGUUGUUAUGAUAUGAUGAUUCCCUGUUCCAGUUGCGAUACGAUGAUGAUAGUACCCACCCUGGGAUUUCCCCUUAUCACCCCAUCCUACACACUUAGUCCUACUACUACCACACUGUGAAAAUCAUUAAGAGAAAUAUCACUGAUGACCAGUGACAUAGAGUUGGAUAGAGGGCACACAGUCACAGAAGCAUGGGGGUUUGGGGGGCCCUGUUUCCAACUCUAUGCCAGGUUGCUGGGGUGUAUUCAUUAGUCCGAUUCCGUUGCAAAAAUGUUUUACAACAAAAAAAACAUUUACUAUUUCCUCUAGGAACCAAACGGAAACAAGCGGAGCAAACAGAAUGAAAAUGGAGAGAGAAGCUGACUGAAUCUGUCCAAUAGAAACUCUUUUGGAGUAAACGGUUUCCAUUGCAAAAAAAAAACAUUUUUGCAACAGAAUCUGACUAUUGAAUAUACCCCUGGGCUAGUUGGCAGAGCCGGAAGGAGAGGGGAACACUCAGUAUCACCAGUAUCUAGGAGGAAGAUCAUUACAGUGAAAAUAGUACCGUGUUCUUGCUGUCCUGUGGGUUAUUUUCGUGAUGAGUCGACUGUGGCUGUGUUUCAUUUUAAUUUUAAUUUUAUUUUAAUUUUUACUAAUUCACAUUUGCGUAAUUUUUCGGUUGGAUAAGGUUUUUUUUUUCUCUCCAUGUUUAUCGGAUGAGGACAGAUGGAAAAAGGGCAGGGUGGACGGGAUCCCUGCCGUCAAGGUCGAUGGAAGGAAGGAACAAAUCGCAAAAAUAGAGAGGAAAAAAAACCACAAGAAAAAUAAGUUAAAAACCGAACAAUGAUUUAGUUUGUUUUAUAUGUGUUGGCUCCUGCGAAUACAGAUAUUUAUGGUGAGCGGUUCUCCAUGUAACCUAUUUAAAGAUACACUGUGAAAUCUGUGUUAUUUUCUAGUGUUAAGUUAUUAGGCAGUUAUUCAGCCUCUCUUUCUCUCGAGGCUCUCGGCCUACAACGUCUCCCUCCCCCUUCUCGUGCUGUUACCCCCAUCCCUCUCUCUCCACCCUUCUCAUGCUGUACCCCCAUCCCUCUCUCUCCCCCUUCUUGUGCCGUUAUCCCCUCCCUCUCUCUCUCCCCCGUGCUGUACCCCCAUCCCUCCCUUUCCCCCUUCUUGUGCCGUUAUCCCCUCCCUCUCUCUCUCCCCCGUGCUGUACCCCCAUCCCUCUCUCUCCCCCUUCUUGUGCCGUUACCCCCUCCUUCU